AUGACCGAAGCAACACUCGUACCAGACCUUCCCAAUAAAGGAGUCGAAGGACUUUCUUACUUCACUCCAGCUCAAGACCCAGUGGCGGGGAGUACGAAGACACACACCACUCAAGACGAUGAUGUGUCUGUUGUGCCCAAGUUGUUCGAACCUCUAAAGAUUAGGAAUGUCGAGUUUCAAAAUCGAAUCUUUGUCUCACCCAUGUGUCAAUACUCUGCUCAAGAUGGGCACCUGACACAUUGGCACCUCUCACACUUGGGCGGAAUUCUGAUGCGAGGUCCCGGUCUCACCAUGAUCGAAGCCACGGCAGUGUUGGCCAACGGUCGCAUAACACCUCAAGAUUCGGGUCUCUGGCAAGACUCCCAGAUGGAACCUCUAAAGAUGAUUGUCGAUUUCGCCCACUCUCAGGGUCAAAAGAUUGGAAUUCAACUGUCCCACGCCGGGCGGAAAGCCAGCACCGUGGCGCCGUGGUUGGCGGGCGCCUCCCUGGCGACGGAAAACGUCGGUGGUUGGCCUUCCGACGUCUGGGGUCCUUCGGACGUUGCGUUCACCGACACCAUGGCCAAACCGAUUUGUAUGGGCAAGGCCGAGAUGGAAGAACUCAAGGAGGGUUGGGCCGCCGCGACCCGUCGCGCGGUCCAGGUAGGGUUCGACGUGAUCGAAGUCCACGCGGCACACGGGUAUUUACUCUCCUCCUUCCACUCCCCCGCCGUCAACGACAAACGUACCGACGAGUAUGGGGGACAACCCUUGGAGAACCGUACCCGCCUCACUCGAGAGAUCGUCCAGGUGACCCGCAAAAACAUGCCGGAAACGAUGCCUCUGUUUGUGAGGGUCACCGCCACCGACUGGCUAGAGGAGAACCCGGACUUUGCCGGAUCUUGGACGCCCGACCAGACGGUCGAACUGGCCGCGAGCUUGACGGGAUUGGGAGUCGACUUGAUCGACGUUUCGUCCGGUGGGAAUCACGUCCUUCAGCAUAUUCAUUCGCGGCCCGGGUUCCAGGCCCCCUUCGCCACCAUGAUCAAGAAACGACUGGGCCACGACAUGCUCGUGGCCACCGUCGGUAUGAUCAACGAGGGUAGAUUGGCGAACAAACUACUACAAGAAGAUGAACUGGACGCCGUCUUUGUAGGUCGUGCCUUUUUGAAGAACCCGGGUCUCGUUUGGGCCUGGGCCGAUGAGCUGGGUACAAAAGUCGCUCAGGCCCAUCAGAUCGCUUGGGGUUUCUCUGGCCGUAAGAUGCCGGGGAGGAAUUGA